GAGACAGAGAGAGAGAGAGAGACAGAGAAAGGGAGAGAGAGAGACAGAGAGAGAGACAGAGAGAGAGACAGAGAGAGACAGAGAGACAGAGACACAGAGAGAGAGAGAAGAGAGACAGAAAGAGAGAGAGACAGAGAGAGAAGAGAAAGAGACACAGAGAAGAGAGAGAGACAUGGAGACAGAAAGAAAGAGAGACAGAGAGAGAGACAGAGACACAGAGAGACACAGAGCGACACGGAGACAGAGAGCUGCUGAAUGUAUCAGAGCCCUCUGUGUUUCAGCAGUGCCUGGGUCAUCAGAGAUAGGAGGACUACCAUGCUUCCCUGCUGUGCGGUCAGGACGUGCCAUGUGCUGGUGCUGGUGCUGUGUCUGUCUGCGGCUGAGGACUUCGACUGGACAAAGAACGACCGCGGCUCCUUCUAUUAUGGGACUUUUCCAGCUGGAUUUUCAUGGGGGGCCGGCAGUUCAGCCUAUCAAACAGAAGGAGCCUGGGACCAAGACGGUAAAGGACUGAGUAUCUGGGACGUGUUCGCUCACAGGAAGGGAAAGAUACUGCAGAACGACACCGGAGACUCUUCCUGCCAGGGGUACUACAAAAUCAAGGAGGACAUCUCCCUAAUGAAAGAGCUGAAGCUGGACCACUACCGCUUCUCCAUCUCCUGGCCCCGUAUCAUGCCGACUGGGAUCAAAUCUGACCAUGUGAAUGAGAAAGGGAUAAAGUACUACGAUGAGUUGAUUGACAACCUGUUGGAGAACAAGAUCACACCCAUCGCUACUCUGUACCACUGGGAUCUACCUCAGGUCCUCCAGGAGAAGUAUGGAGGAUGGCAGAACAUCAGCAUGGUCAACUACUUUAAUGAGUUUGCCAACCUGUGUUUUGAGAGAUUCGGAAACAGAGUGAAAUACUGGAUCACCUUGAACAACCCAUGGUCGGUGGCAGUGGAGGGCUAUGAGACAGGUGAGCACGCUCCUGGACUGAAGCUGAGAGGAACAGGGGCCUACCGGGCCGCGCAUCACAUGAUCAAGGCCCAUGCUAAAGUCUGGCACACCUAUGACAACAAGUGGAGAGGAAAACAGAAAGGUCUGGUGGGCAUCUCUCUGUCUGGAGAUUGGGGCGAACCGGUCGACAUCAGUAACCAGAAGGACAUCGAGGCAGCAGAGCGAUACGUCCAAUUCUACAUUGGCUGGUUCGCCACUCCCAUCUUCCACGGGGACUAUCCACAAGUCAUGAAGGACUUUAUUGGUCGUAAGAGCACCCAGCAGGGUCUGGGUACGUCCCGCCUCCCCACCUUCUCUUCCCAGGAGAAGAGCUACGUUAAGGGUACCUGUGACUUCCUGGGUAUCGGUCACUUCACCACGCGCUACAUUACCCAGAAGAACUACCAGUCGGGACACGGCAGCAGCAGCUACUUCACCGACAGAGACCUAGCUGAACUGGUGGACCCCCGCUGGCCUGAUCCUGGGUCAGAGUGGCUCUACUCUGUCCCCUGGGGAUUCAGACGCCUGCUCAACUUCGUCAAGGCCCAGUACAGAAAUCCAAUGAUCUACGUGACAGAGAACGGGGUGUCGGAGAAGAUCAUGUGCACUGAGCUCUGUGAUGACUGGAGAAUACAGUACUACAAGGACUAUACCAACGAGAUGCUGAAAGCCAUCAAAGACGGAGUGAACGUGCGCGGCUACACGGCCUGGUCUCUGCUGGACAAGUUUGAGUGGGACGAGGGCUACUCCGAGAGGUUUGGCCUGUACUACGUAGACUUCAGGAACAAGAAUAAACCACGUUACCCAAAAGCCUCGGUUCAGUACUACAAACGCAUCAUCAGCUCCAACGGAUUCCCCAACCAGAGAGAGGUUGAGAAUUGGAAGAGGAAGGCCACAGAGACCUGCUCUUCCAGUAACCAGCUCCUGGCUGCAGAGGAACAACGGAGUACUGCUGCCAAUAUACUAAGACUUAUACAUGACCCCCUGACCAGCCAUAUGGAGAUGGUCACAGAGGUGGUGGUCCCCACUGUGUGCACCCUGUGUAUCCUCCUCUCUGCUGUCUUCCUCAUGUUCCUGCUGCGGAGACACAACUAGAUAUACUACUAGAUAUACUACUACUACUAGAUAUACUACUAGAUAUACUACUACUAGAUAUACUACUAGAUAUACUACUACUACUAGAUAUACUACUAGAUAUACUACUACUACUAGAUAUACUACUAGAUAUACUA